AUGUACGUGAGCUCGCUCUUGGAUAAGGACAGCAGCAUGUACCCAGGAUCUGCAAGGGCUAACAACAACCUGCCAGUGCAAAACUUUGUGUCUACUCCACCCUAUUCAGAUUACAUGGGAUACCAUCAUGUGCCAACUCUGGACACCCACGGACAGCCAGCAGGAACCUGGGGAUCCCACUAUGGCCCACAGAGGGAGGACUGGAACGCGUACGGCCCAGGACCUUCCAGCACGGUCGCUGCUGCACAGAUCAGUGGCUCAUCUCCUGGACAGGUCUCCUACAGCUCUGCUGAUUACAGCUCCCUCCAUCCCGCUGGAGCUGGGGGGUUACCUCCUGUAGAUACAAUUACUGCACAGCAAAUCUCUUCCAACAGCCAAAGGCACAGCUCUUAUGAGUGGAUGAGGAAAACGGUGCAAGCUAACACUACUGGUAAAACAAGAACAAAAGAAAAGUACCGAGUUGUUUACACAGACCAUCAGAGACUAGAGUUAGAGAAGGAAUUUCACUGCAACAGAUACAUUACAAUAAGGAGAAAAUCAGAACUUGCAGCAAACCUGGGACUAUCCGAGAGACAGGUGAAAAUCUGGUUCCAGAAUCGCCGAGCAAAAGAAAGGAAAAUGAUCAAGAAGAAAAUUUCCCAGUUUGAUGGCAGUGGGGGCUCAGCUCAGAGUGACUCUGGGUCACUCAGUCCCAACGAACUGUCCAGCUCUCUGUUCCCACCACCACAUGGCAUAAAUGGAUUACAGCCUAAUGACAUUCAGCAAGUCAUAGUUUUAGAAUGA